CUAAAUCAUAAGUAUUUCAAUAUAAAUGUUAGCUCUUUCGAAUACAUCUGUGCGCAUUAUGCACUGGCAACGCAAAAUUACUAGGACUCAAUAUUUUGCAUUUCACUAGUCCGAUUCAAAUCGAAUCCAGUGUGGGUAUUAUAGUGGGGGCAUUAAUAGUUUCAUUGAAAUUUCAGCUUCUUCGAGUAUACAAUAACUUAAAACUUUUCGACAGAUAAAAAUUUUGCAACAGCCAAAAAUACAAACUGUAGAUGAUUCAUUUUGGGGAGUGAAAUGUCACACCAAUUUUUUUUCUGAUUGGUAUUCGAACAAAUUUCAUAUUGAGAUGAUUAUAUGAGGCACUACAUAAAAAUUUUAAGUUGUUUAGAUUCCAAUUGAAUAAAGAAUCAACGGAAAGCAAAUAUGUUCAAAUCUUAUCUAUGUUCGUUGGGUUAAUUUUUACUGUCAAUCAUCUUGCGAUUCUUGCAUCUUAUCUCAAUACUAUGAUUAGUCGUCAGUUAAACCAUCCAGGUUGUUUACAUAUUCUUGAAUUCAUAUCAUAAAAUUCGAUCAUCACCGGUUUUACCAAUUCCCGAAUUGAGUUUGUAUGGGAUGAGGUGAAGAACCGUAAAUUUGCAGUAUAAAUAUGAAGAUACAUAUAGAUUAAUAAGGUAGUACCAGUUAAGAAUCAUCUUCAGGUCUCUUAUGUGAAAAUGUUCAAAACAUUUAUUUUGGUUUCGUUAUUUCUCCAUGUCUUCGCUUAUACUUCUUCUGAAAGAAACUACCCAAAUUGGCUUUUACAUAUAGGAGUGAGAGAGGUUACGAAGGAUGUUAAUACCAGAUUGAAUAAUCAACCAAAUGGCAAUGAAAUAUCUAUUCUAUACAGUGGGCUUAUAUCUGCAGCACCGGACUGUCCCAAGAAGAUAAAAUUUUCUGGAAUUCCCUUAGUUGAUCUUGGCGGCCGUUUUUACUAUUUUGGAACAUACUUUAAGGCUAAUUUCUUCAAAGCGAUGCAAUUCUGCAGAGAUCAUGGAAUGAACCUACUGAGUAUUGAAUCUGAUGAUGAAAAUACAAGAAUUUUAGAUCAUCUUUCAAAACAUGGUAUGUGUUUUUCAUUAAUUGAAUUUAUUCCUCGAUAUCAGCAAAAGGACUCGAUCAUUUCUGGACAUCUGGAUCAGAUUUAGGAGAAGAAGGAAAAUUUGUGUGGUUAUCCACUGGAAAAUAUUUUAAUUACACCGAUUGGGGCCC